GCGGAAGUAAGCACGCGUCUAUGCAAGUCAAUGGCUGGCUGCUCAAUGGAGUAAAACACGGAAGUGCCGUCGUUCAACUUUUGACAUACGUAACAGAAGGAAGGAAGGAAAGUUCCAUUUUGGGCUGCCUGACUGGCCUAUGGAAGUGGGGAGAAAUCAUGUUUUAAAAUUAACUUUGCGCGAUUAGUCGGACAUAAGGAGUUUUGGUACAGAGAUGCCGCGCACGGCUACUACAAUUCCCGUGAGGCUUUGCGCGGCCUGUGGCCGACCAACCGGAAGCGCCCCGAGGGGCUGGAUUACUAACGGCGCGAUCUCCAUUCGUCCUGUCACGUUCGUGUCGGCCCGCCGUGCGCCAGGGAGACAAGGGAAAUGGCGGUGUCAGACUUUGCGAAACCGGCGACCUUUGUGGCCCGGGUGAAUCCGAUCGCGGUGAAAAAAGCGAUCGCUGGAAAUUCAAGUGGAAACACACGAACGCGGAAGUGCGUUAGCCGAGUCGAUGCUCGGAUCGCGGACACAAUGGUCAGAUCUUCCUAGCGCGAAGGCCUUGUUGUGCUACGGAGUGAAAUCACGCGGGCCGUUAACGUCUAUUUGCGAAUUCGCGCGACGUAAGAAGCCAUGUGUAAAAAGCAUAAAUGCCGUGGAGGGCGACUACAUCUCCCAGAGGGCUUUGCGAGAAUGUAGUCCAGGCGACCGGAAAUGACGCGAAGAGCCCGACCGUCGGGGGCACGAUUCUUUCCGAACGGAUACGAAGAUGUGCCGCUGUAUGAGACAUAAACAUGGUAAAAAAGCGACGACUGGUGUCGAACAGAGGCAAUUGUAAUUGCCCUAAAAAAUGAAAUACAAAAACACGUAUACUGUCAAAACAAGAACACGGGAAAUCCAGUGAGAGGCUUCCGCGGCGAUCCGAACGCGAGGACGGACGAACGAACCGCUGGGGUGCUGGAUAGACACCGUUCGGUUCGAGUUUGAAACGAUGUGCCGCGGGGACGCCCGUGAAGGCGACUACAUCUCCCGUGAAACCUUGCGGCUUCCGACGUCGGCCACCGGAGGUGGGCGGGGAAAGUCAAGUGGCGUGAGGGCGUUCUUUCCCGAAGUUCUCCGAUGCGACCGAACUAUUUAACGUGCGACUAGAGGUACUUAGCUCGGAGCCCCUUGGACGACAAGUGGUCGUACAAAAAAACGAGGUGAGUACACUACUAAAUGAAAACGGAAAUAAUGACAUAUUGGUGCGUAUUAGUCACGGCUGCGGCCACGUAUUUUAGCAAGGUCCGUGCGGACUCGUGCACUUGCCCGAGGGCGGGCAAAAAUGGCGGGGAUGGUCAAUUAUGGCGGGACGCCAGUCAGGUGAGUUGGGGAACGAAUAGAACUCCCGCAAAAUGCGCGGGGAGAUGGAAAUAAUUUUUUUAACUUCUAACUGGACAUAUUAGGCCCCCUUUUUUUUCUCAUACUGGGGGACACCGUAGCAAUGUGCGGUGGGGAUGCUUGUUUUAGGAGGAAUGAACGGUGGUCCUGCUACUUGAAAUAGGUGAAGUCUACCGUGAAGUUGCACAUAAGUCGAGCGGCUAUUGUAUUAUGGGACUAGAGUCGGAAUACUGAAGGGCGCCGACAGUUGAACUGUGGGAGGCUAGAGAAGGAAUUUAUGGGGGGAACGGGCUAAAGUCCUAUUUGGCGUGACGUUUUAUCGCUUCGUCUAAGACCGAGGUCCUGCUCUGCUCUGCUGCCCGGUGGGAGAAAGUCGGUGAACCUACGCCGUCGACGACCGGGACCGGAAGGCGGUCCGCGAAGGGCGAAGCAGUCGAAUCCCGACGCGAGAGGCCACGGUUACGGGCGACGCCGCCGCUGAAGUGCCGUGACUCGGCGAGAGAAAAUUGAUGAAAACAAGACUGCGAAUACACGGAAAACUUCGCGGUGAGAAUGGAGGGACGGGGUAAACAACUGGCGACGGGGGAUCUGAAAUUUCUGGCCAGACUGAUGACAAGGUUCAUCAGGACGUCACACCAUCUUGAGAGUGUGGCGGACGCCGACCGCCCGCCAUGGGGCAUUCGACUCCUGGAAAAAUCACUGGUAGAAGGGGUCAAGCCCUCCAAUCCGAAUGAGAAAAUCAAUACAUUGACCAAGUACAAUGCUAAGAAUUGGGCGUACGUGACACAACAGUCGCUCUUCGAACAUUAUUCGGAAACUUUGGCGUCGCUUAAAAUUGAACUCGGCAGGUUCAAAAUUGCACGCUGGCAAGACGCGCUGUCCUUGGCGGUGAAGUGGGCUAGAUUAGAUCUAGACACUCUACGGCAGGCCACUCUGGCGAAGGCGAGCGCGGAAAUUGAAUUUAUUAUGGGUGUAGCGGGAGUUCAGCCCCCGACAGGUAGAUGGGACACCCCGGUAGAUAGGCCGGACGCGUCGAUUCCAGGUCCGUCGACGAGACCGAUGGUCUCCGCGUACACGCAAACGGACGCCUGGACCCCGGAGGGGCCGAGCAACGCCGAAGAAACGCGGCCGUCCACGUCGACCGCGAACCCUGGGGCGCCGACCAAAAGGAAGCCGAACGACGGACCCGAAGAGAACCCGGCCCUCGAAAGUCACGGAAAAAAGAAGAAACAGAAGUCGGUAAGAACGACCGAUGAUGACUUAGAUCUGGAUGCACUGCUUGCAGAAUACACCCCGCCGUUAGAAGUCCUGUUGGGACCGGAGGAGCCCUCCGACCCCCUGGUCGAGGCCCUCGAAAGGGCGAUCACGCCCACCUUGCCGGAAAUCGACCUGAUCUCGGACGACGCCCUGAUGGAAGUGGAGGAAGCCCCGCCUUGGGACAUCGAGACGGUAGACACGAGCACGGUGGUGAUGACCUCCCCGAUCCUCGAGAGCCUGAUGGCGCCGUCCCCGCCUCGCGGGGACAUGAGCGAGACCCCCGGUGGAAAACCGCAGAGAGCCCUUGUCCCGCGAGCGCUUCGCAUGCCGGACGAAGCGGCCCCUGGACGUCCGGUGGAGAAAGAAGGCGAGUGGGGUGUCAGUAGGGGGGAGGGCGUCAAGUUGCGAAUUGACGGAAUGCAAUUGUUUAAAUUUCACGACCAUAAGGGUGACAAAUACGGGAAUUGGGACCUAGUGGUGGAUAGGCCCAUAUUAAUCAUGGGCGAUUCAAAUAUCUCUAGGCUACCGGGAGUCAGGAACACGAACGUUCAAAUGGACUCCUAUCCGGGCGCCAAAAUGAACCACCUGGUUCACGUUCUGGCCUUCAGAACCAAAAUAGUGGUCCCUCCCAAGAAAGUCAUCCUUUCAGUAGGCCUGAACGACAGAAACCAAACGAACCCCUCGAAACUCAGAGAAGACGUCAAGAAUCUGGCCGAGGUGGCGAAGAAGACUUUCCCGCAGAGCGAUAUAGGUAUCCCGAGAAUAAACCACUCGCCGUUAAUGACCAACUUCGUACGGGCCAAAAUAGAACAGCUCAAUUUUAUGAUAGGAGAGACAGGUUACGGGAUCCCUAAAUUGGGAGACCAAUUAUUUGAGACGCUCGGGGACGGGAUCCACUGGUCCCCAGCCACGGCCAAAAAUAUGUGGGCCUUGUGGUACGAAGGUUUUUUGGAAGGGGGACGUUUGUAG